AUUGACCAGUCAGUAGUUGAAGGAGCCGUGCACUUAGUAAUCGUACGACGUCGUUAGGAACACCGUGUGAUCUUUAACGACAGUCCCAUCACGGUGCUCCGUCUUCGCACAUCUCGUAACGUCACAUCGAAAAACGUGUAUCGAGCAGGCGAUCGGCUAUCAAAUCCGUAUAGGGCGCGAUUGCUUCCAAUUACGCGCGUUUCCUUUAAAACAAGGUGACCUUACCGCGAUCGAGGAGCAAACGAACCCAUUAGGGUUUUCAUAGUAAACGUUUAAAGACCGCGCGAAAGCUGCAACUCUUCUUCAGUACGCGGACCCCGCAGCGGAACUCACGCAGGAAGAGCGGCAACUGCAGCAACGCCUCAGCUCUUGGCACCUUCAAGGCAAGUCUUCGCUGAGAGGACCUCAGCCUACCUAGACGGUGAAAAUCAUCUCCAACCAGCACGACGAUUUAUUAGGUGUCAAGUGAGAGACAGUAUUGCGAACGAAGCAGGACAAAAGGUUACGCCAUGCCGGCAGGUACUGGCGCUUCGUACAGGUCCUUAGGCGACCUGGGCGAAGACGUUUACAAAAGCACGACCAUCGUGGACCAGACACAGACUACCGGCCAGAGCGUUCUCGACUCCGUGAAGAAGGCUUUUAGCUUCACCUCACCGAAGACUGAGAUGCGAAAAAAGGACCCGCUGAUCGAGGAUCGUCGCGAAAGCGUCUCGAUUGUCCCAAGGGAGAGAAACAGGAUGCCAACAGCAGCCACUGCCGAGGAAUCUGCUCUAUUGGGCACGAUGCCGUCCGAUAGCAUGGAUGACAUCGAGCUAAAAAACAUUCAGUUGCAAUUUCCGGCACUGCGAUAUCUCUCCAGAGAUGACAGCUCUGUACGGGAAGAAAGGGUGGAGACCGACAAGGGAAGUUUGCUGGUAGCGGUGCAAGGAAAUCGAGCGAAACCAGCUAUCCUUACUUAUCACGAUCUAGGCCUUAACUACAUCUCGAGCUUCCAGGCGUUCUUUAAUUACAUCGAUAUGCGUGUUCUACUCGAAAACUUUUGCGUAUAUCAUGUAAACGCACCCGGACAAGAGGAAGGCUCACCGACACUACCCGAAGAUUUUACUUAUCCGUCCAUGGAAGAGCUGGCCGAACAGCUGCUCUUCGUUCUUGGCCACUUUGGCAUAAAAUCUGUAAUUGGUUUCGGAGUCGGGGCUGGUGCCAAUAUACUGGCAAGAUUUGCACUCGCCCAUCCGGAGAAAGUAAAUGCACUGUGCCUGAUAAACUGCGUAUCCACGCAGGCAGGAUGGAUCGAGUGGGGUUAUCAAAAGUUGAAUGUACGCCACCUGAGAUCGCAGGGUAUGACCCAGGGUGUUCUUGACUAUUUGAUGUGGCAUCAUUUUGGCAGGGGGACCGAAGAACGGAAUCACGAUCUGGUUCAAGUAUACAAGAACUAUUUUGAGCGUCGUGUGAAUCCAACGAAUCUUGCAUUAUUUAUCGACAGUUAUGUUCGUCGCACGGAUUUGAACAUAACAAGGGAACUGGACCCAACGCGCAAGAAGGAAGGAUUGACGCUUAGUGUGCCGGUGAUGAACAUCACGGGUGCUUUAAGUCCUCAUGUUGACGAUACCGUAACGUUAAAUGGACGUUUGGAUCCGACAAACAGUUCUUGGAUGAAAAUAUCGGAUUGCGGUAUGGUAUUGGAAGAACAACCGGGUAAAGUAAGCGAGGCAUUCCGAUUAUUUCUUCAAGGCGAAGGAUACGUGGUGAGAUCCCCGCGGAAGCCCGUGAAGCCGACAACACCCGAAGUGGCCCCGCUGUCGCCGUUAAAAAUGGCCGAUUACAGACUGGCUUCAUUGGAAGGACUAAAUCACGUUUGCAGCAAGAAGAUCGACUGGCCUACCGCGACCAUACACAUCACGGAGAAUCCGAUAUCAGAGGCAGUCGUCUGUUAAAUGUUAACCGCCGAAUUCUACCACCACUCUCAAUUUUCGUUACGUAAUCAAACGAGCAUAAUCGAACGGUGAAGCGAUUCAAUAAUUUAGAAAGGUUUCGUCGGGCAACGAUCCUUCGCGGCACUAAUUGUUGAUUCCUUUCCGAAGCUUUUUCAUCGGCACCACAUUUACUUUAAUCGCGAUUUGCGCUGAAUCGACCACACGCGUUCGAAAUAAAUGUUUAAUUCUAAAUGACUAUGAAGUUAAGAGCUUUAAAGAUAGAAUUUACUACUAACAGAUAUCAGAUCUUUUAUCGAUAUUCUACUUGCUCGACAUGCAAUGUUGUUAGGAACAGUAUUAAGGAUAAAUGAGAGAACAAUAUGUUACUGCUGCGUUAUUGGAUAUACAUAUAUAAAUAAUAAAUUUUAAUUUUUUCUUUCUAAACGGUUCAAUGAAUGGUGCAAAGCGUCUUUUAAGAAUUCAUUCUUUA